AUGGCUGCACGCAUGGAUUCGCCCGGCACCCUCGGCAGGGCUGGUGCCUGGGCGAAUGUUCUUUGCCGGACGCCGGAGGUUGCGAAAAGGGAGUAUCAGAAACUGCGACGCCAGCCGGCUCCGGCAGCUUUAGCUGGAGAGCCUGACGAGAGCUUCCUCGCGCUGGAGCUUCGCCAUGCAAACUACGGCCACGUGGGCGCACGUGAAGAGCUGCGACGUGUUCUAAGAGCUUUGGCGCUAAGAUACAGGCCGAUUGGGUUUAACCCAGACCUUGCGAUUCUGGCCUCGCUUCUGCUGGCGACGGUUGGAAGAGAGGCUGAUGCCUACAGCCUCCUGGUGGGAGCUGUGGAGCAUUUCGACCUGCAGCCCUUCUGUGUUCCGGCACUUGAAACAGCCCAGGGCCGCCAUAUCCUGGAUGACCAGGUGUAUGAUGUCCUUGCCUCCUUCUCCAUCCUUUGUCCGAAGACCGUGGCAGCGAUCAAAGCUCAAAGCUGCGAGCGACAACUGGAGCAGCUCGUGGCGCGAUGGUUCUCCAGCCUUUUCUGCUGCGGAUGCCACCGCUACGAGCAACCCUUCGAGACUUUCUGCCUUUUCUUAGACAAGGUCAUUACGGAGGCCCCUGAGUCGCACGACGACCCUCACAGCUGGCUUCGGCAUGUCGCGCUGUCCAUUUUGCUGCUGAACUCUGCGCGGAUGAACUCGGCAGCCAGGGAAGGACUUCUUCAACAAGAGUUGGAGCAUCUCGAGAGGCACAUUCCUGUGAGCGAUGCACUGCUUGACCUUCUCACGCAUCCACUCCAGCCAAGGCAAAUGGCUGCCUUUACGCGCUUGUCCUUCGUUCCCUUUGGGAUGCUUUGCGGCUGGUCGACCGGCAUGAUGCUCUCCUACGAUCUAGGUUUGACGUCGCUUCCUUUGGGGGCGCUUUGCUCGCUGGGAUGCUUCCUAGGAGGGGCAGUUGUCUACAACUGUGGCAUCGACCCUGGCUACAGCAGCAUGGCCUCUCUCUUCAAGUCCCUUGUCACGCCCCACGAUCUCCACUCAGAAGAGCAGGGCCUAUCGAACGGCACGGAUGGCAACAUUCUGUGGCGGGAGAAUGCAAGUGCGGCGGAGCUUGCCGAGGAGCGAACAGAGCCGGAGCCUUCCGAUGAAGUGAGCGACCCCUGUAGUGCGGUUGAUGACUUCCUUUCCACG